AUGCAUGAAGAAAUUCAAAAUCAGCAGCAAAUUGAAAAUCAAACUGUACAUGAACUACAAUUAGGAUUUUUAUCUAAAACAGGUAUUGAGCGUGGUCGAUAUAAUGUGCAAAGGGUAAAUGAAGUUGCAGCCAUUUUUACAACUACAGCAGAUGGAGAAAUACCCGAAACAUAUGUCACUAUUCGUAAUAAGAACAAUAAAAUAUUACGACAAGUUAGCACUAUGGAUCCAAAUGUAGAACCAUGGAUUUAUCCAUUAUAUUAUCCCUAUGGUAAUCAAGGUUGGCAUAAUGAUUUACGACAUAAAAACAGUAAUAAAAGAGUAAGUAGAGCUGCGUAUGUAAAGUAUCAAAUGGCUAUACGUGAUAAUUUUAAUAUUUUUAUUAUGGGAAGACGAUUAUUUCAACAAUGGGUUGUAGAUAAUUAUGUUAAAAUAGAAAAAGAUAGAAUAAACUACUGUAAACAAAAUCAGAAACAGUUAAGAGUUGAAACGUAUCAAGGAUUGAUCGAUUAUUUAGAAAGUGCUGCUAAUAAUGCUGGUACUCGGGUUGGAAAAAUGAUUAUUCUUCCAUCAACAUUUGUUGGUUCACCUCGUAAUAUGAUGCAACAUUAUCAAGAUGCAAUGGCUAUAGUUCGAAAAUAUGGAAAACCAGAUAUUUUUAUUACGAUGACAUGUAAUCCAAAUUGGCGUGAAAUACGAGAAAAUUUACUUUCAAAUCAGCAACCUGCAGAUAGACCAGAUAUAUGUGCUCGUGUAUUUAACAUAAAGAAAGAUUAUUUAGUUGACGUUAUAGUUAGACAACAAUUUUUUGGAGAAGUUAUGGCAUAUGUUUAUGUAAUUGAAUUUCAGAAACGUGGUUUACCACAUAUACAUCAAGAGACACGGUAG